GCGUUUGAUUUGCCAGGAUCACGACUUCAUCUUUUGGGUGUCAAAAUGUCCAAGUUUGGCGUGCUGGUGAUGGGCCCCGCGGGGGCCGGCAAGACGACCUUUUGCAAUGCGAUGAUCCAGCAUUUACAGCACACGCGCCGGAGCUGCUUCUACGUCAAUCUGGACCCUGCGGCGGAGACGUUCCAGUACGAGCCGGACCUGGACAUCCGGGAGCUGAUCACGCUGGAGGAUGUGAUGGAGGAGCUCGGGCUGGGCCCGAACGGGGGACUGAUCUACUGCUUCGAGUUCUUGCUGCAGAACCUCGACUUUCUGACGCAGGCGCUGGAUCCGCUGAGCGAGGAAUACCUGAUUGUGAUCGACAUGCCCGGUCAGAUCGAGCUGUACACGCACAUCCCGCUGCUGCCCUCGCUGGUGCAGUUCCUGUCUCGCGCGGGCCCGUUGAAUAUCAACCUGUGCGCCGCCUACCUGCUCGAGAGCACCUUUGUCGUGGACAAGGCCAAGUUCUUUGCGGGCACGCUGAGCGCCAUGUCCGCCAUGCUGAUGCUGGAGAUGCCGCACGUCAACAUCCUGAGCAAGAUGGACCAAGUACGGGAUAUGGUGUCACGCAAGGAGCUCAAACGGUUCAUCAACGUGGACGCCCAGCUGCUGGAGGACGAUGCCGAGGCGGAGGCUGCCCCGGCGGCGGGGGCGGAUGAUAACGACCCGGCGUCCAAGAGCGCGCUGAUGAGUGGCGGCUCGUUCAACCGGCUGAACCGGGCGGUCGCGCAGCUCAUCGACGACUUUAGCAUGGUCUCGUUUCUGCAGUUGGAUGUGCAGGACGAAGACAGCGUCGGCGCUGUGCUGAGCUACAUUGACGAUGCGAUCCAGUUCCACGACGCACAGGAGCCGAGGGAGCCAAAAGACGAGCAGGAAGUCGACUAUGAGGAUUGAGCAUGCACUUGAAC